AUGCCCCUUCCUCCACAGUACGAAAUUCGCUCGCUUGGGCCAGAGCAUGAGGAAUGGGCACGCGCUAUCUGUUUCUACACCAACAUGUUUCAUUCCCCGCUCUGGCCGGUAGUUUACCCGGAGAACAAACCUCGUCGUUUAUAUGGAUCGUUCCAAGCUGGGCACUAUCUGAUACAGCACCAGAUAAACUCGGGUUACUCUCUGGGAGUCUUUUGUAAAGACUAUCAGUUCAGGCGACCCGAAUCUGCGGCCACGGGUGGGAAAUUGUACUGGGACUUCAAUGACGAGAAUGCAACUGAGCAAGAGUUGCUAGAGCAGAUGGAUUUCCCGUUGGUAUCGAUCGCGAUGGCCUAUGACGGAUACCAUGCGCUGGAUAUGACGAAAAUCGCUCCUCUCGUGGAGACAUUACCAUUGUUUGGCGCUGUUUAUCAUAUUCUCGGGGAUCUAGAUAAACGCGAUCCUUCGUCAUGGAAGGCAACUGCUCCUGGGCAGGUCUUGAAGCGCAACUCGACCAGUACCCUUAAAUCUCACGAAGGACGGGGACUGAUGCGGCAGGCCGCUGAGGAGAUGAUGAGACGGGCAGCCGCACAGGGCUUCCGGGGAAUCCAGAUCGAGACCAUUUCUGCGGCAGUAGAGAAAGUCUGGUCCAACCCACCGCCUCCUUUCAAGGGGAAUGUUGUGGCCAGAUUCCAUACAUUAACUUACGAGGAAAAGGCGGAAUCGGGAGAGACCAUUUAUCCUUUCAGGCCAGGAAACACUAGUAUUGCUGCGAUCUACGUUGAUCUUCAGCCGCGGUGA